AGCGCCCCAGGCGCAGGCGGAGCCUCAUUGGCCGCUGAGCCCCGGGCUGUGCGGAGGCGGGACCUGCGGCCAGCCCUGGGCUGCCAGCUGGACAGAGCUGGGAGGGCCGGAAACAGAACCCGAGCUUGAUCCAGAACCGGAGCCCGAGCCUGCCGCAGAGUGUCAGCAUGCUGCGCUUCCUGGCACCCCAGCUGCUUAGCCUCCAGGGCAGGACCGCCCGCUACUCCUCGGCAGCAGCCCUCCCAAGCCCCAUUCUGAACCCAGACAUCCCCUACAACCAGCUGUUCAUCAACAACGAAUGGCAAGAUGCAGUCAGCAAGAAGACCUUCCCAACGGUCAACCCUACCACCGGGGAGGUCAUCGGGCACGUGGCUGAAGGUGACCGGGCUGAUGUGGAUCGGGCCGUGAAAGCAGCCCGGGAAGCCUUCCGCCUGGGGUCCCCAUGGCGCCGGAUGGAUGCCUCUGAGCGGGGCCGGCUGCUGAACCGCCUGGCAGACCUAGUGGAGCGGGAUCGAGUCUACCUGGCCUCACUGGAGACCUUGGACAAUGGGAAGCCUUUCCAAGAGUCUUACGCCUUGGACUUGGAUGAGGUCAUCAAGGUGUAUCGGUACUUUGCUGGCUGGGCUGACAAGUGGCAUGGCAAGACCAUCCCCAUGGAUGGCCAGCAUUUCUGCUUCACCCGGCAUGAGCCCGUUGGUGUCUGUGGCCAGAUCAUCCCGUGGAACUUCCCCUUGGUCAUGCAGGGUUGGAAACUUGCCCCCGCACUCGCCACAGGCAACACUGUGGUUAUGAAGGUGGCAGAGCAGACCCCCCUCUCUGCCCUGUAUUUGGCUUCCCUCAUCAAGGAGGCAGGCUUUCCCCCUGGGGUCGUGAACAUCAUCACGGGCUAUGGCCCAACUGCAGGUGCGGCCAUCGCACAGCACAUGGAUGUUGACAAAGUUGCCUUCACCGGUUCCACCGAGGUGGGCCACCUGAUCCAGAAAGCAGCUGGCGAUUCCAACCUCAAGAGAGUCACUCUGGAGCUGGGUGGUAAGAGCCCCAGCAUUGUGCUGGCCGAUGCUGACAUGGAGCAUGCCGUGGAGCAGUGUCACGAAGCCCUGUUCUUCAACAUGGGCCAGUGCUGCUGUGCUGGCUCCCGGACCUUCGUGGAAGAAUCCAUCUACAAUGAGUUUCUCGAGAGAACCGUGGAGAAAGCAAAGCAGAGGAAAGUGGGGAACCCCUUUGAGCUGGACACACAGCAGGGGCCUCAGGUGGACAAAGAGCAGUUUGAACGAGUCCUAGGCUACAUCCAGCUUGGCCAGAAGGAGGGCGCAAAACUCCUCUGUGGCGGAGAGCGUUUUGGGGAGCGUGGUUUCUUCAUCAAGCCUACUGUCUUUGGUGGCGUGCAGGAUGACAUGAGAAUUGCCAAAGAGGAGAUCUUUGGGCCUGUGCAGCCCCUGUUCAAGUUCAAGAAGAUUGAAGAGGUGAUUGAGAGGGCCAACAACACCAGAUAUGGCCUGGCUGCGGCUGUGUUCACCCGGGAUCUGGACAAAGCCAUGUACUUCACCCAGGCACUCCAGGCCGGGACCGUGUGGGUAAACACCUACAACAUCGUCACCUGCCACACACCAUUUGGAGGGUUUAAGGAAUCUGGAAAUGGGAGGGAGCUGGGUGAGGAUGGGCUUAAGGCCUACACAGAGGUGAAGACGGUCACCAUCAAGGUUCCUCAGAAGAACUCGUAAGAGCAGCUGUCAGGGAGGCCCAGUCACAGUCCAGCAGUUCCACAACCACCUUGACCAAUGCUUGCCAAACUGUUUUAAAGCCAAGAACACCCUUUAUUUGUUCCAAAUUAACUCUUAGAAGAAACCCCACAAAUAAAGCAAUUCAAUCGAGGCUGUUCUAUUUAAGUCAGGGAUGGGGACCAGGCUCAGGGUUCUACCUAUCUGAUCCCCAGCCACAGCCCCCUUGGCGGCCCAUGAGUUGCUUCCAUGAAAUCUUAGGAGUCUCUGAAAGACAGAUUAAAAACCAAUGAUCUGUAAUUUGUAGCUCUUCCUGCUGACCCAAGGACUUUCCCAUGGGUUCACUUGAUGGUUUAGUGGAUCGACUCAACUCAGAACACAGUCUUGGAAAGUGUUAGGGGUUUUGAACUAGGUGGAUACCAAAUCUCGGCCCCACUCUUCAUUGGCUUAACCUAAAAAUCAGAGGUGCUUUUCCUUGUCUGUGUGCCAGUUGCUGGCUGUUUUAGUUGCUUGCCCUUCAUUUUGCUACUGAUUUUCCUUAAUUUGUGGGAAGGAGUAGGCAAAGAAUAUGCUUACAUAAUUACACCUGUAAAGUAAGCCCAAACACCCCAAAUGUCCAUCAACUGAUGAGUGGAUUAAUAAAAUGUUUCCAUGGAAUAUUCCUUGGACUACUCAGCCAUAAAAAGGAAUGAAAUACUGACACACGCUGCGACAUCAGUGAACCCUGAAAACAUCCUUCUCAGUGAAGCCAGAGAGAUGUACAAGGCUACGGACGGUAUGAUUCCAUUUAUAUGAAAUAUACAUACUAGGCAAAUCCAUGGAGAUGGAACAUAGAUUAGUGGUUGCCAGGGGAUAGAGGAGUAACUGU